ACAGAUGGGUCAGUCAGUAUGAUUGUAUAACAGAUGGGUCAGUCAGUAUGAUUGUAUAACAGAUGGGUCAGUCAGUAUGAUUGUAUAGACAGAUGGGUCAGUCAGUAUGAUUACAUAUCAGGCCUACAGGAAGUCUUCUGUCAUUUUGAAUACAGAACAUAUAAUGGAAUCAUUUUUCUAGAAUUUCUUGAAAUUAUAUUUUACAGUGAAAGGCUGUUUCUGCUCAGUGUGAAGCGAGAGUGAGUGUGAGUGUGGGUAGAGAUAGAGUAGAGAGAUAGAGUCUACAGUAGUCUAGUGAAGUUGGUGUGAGUGUGGGGAGAGAUACAGAGUCUACUGUAGUCUAGUGAAGUUGGUGUGAGUGUGGGGAGAGAUACAGAGUCUACAGUAGUCUAGUGAAUUUGGUGUGAGUGUGGAGAGAGUACAGUAGUCUAGUGAAGUUGGUGUGAGUGUAGGGAGAGAUACUGAGUCUACAGUAGUCUAGUGAAGUUGGUGUGAGUGUAGGGAGAGUACAGUAGUCUAGUGAAGUUGGUGUGAGUGUGGAGAGAGUACAGUAGUCUAGUGAAGUUGGUGUGAGUGUAGGGAGAGUACAGUAGUCUAGUGAAGUUGGUGUGAGUGUGGGGAGAGUACGGUAGUCUAGUGAAGUUGGUGUGAGUGUAGGGAGAGAUACUGAGUCUACAGUAGUCUAGUGAAGUUGGUGUGAGUGUAGGGAGAGAUACUGAGUCUACAGUAGUCUAGUGAAGUUGGUGUGAGUGUGGGGAGAGAUACUGAGUCUACAGUAGUCUAGUGAAGUUGGUGUGAGUGUGGGGAGAGAUACUGAGUCUACAGUAGUCUAGUGAAGUUGGUGUGAGUGUAGGGAGAGAUACUGAGUCUACAGUAGUCUAGUGAAGUUGGUGUGAGUGUGGGGAGAGAUACUGAGUCUACAGUACUCUAGUGAAGUUGGUGUGAGUGUGGGGAGAGAUACUGAGUCUACAGUAGUCUAGUGAAGUUGGUGUGAGUGUAGGGAGAGAUACUGAGUCUACAGUAGUCUAGUGAAGUUGGUGUGAGUGUGGGGAGAGAUACUGAGUCUACAGUACUCUAGUGAAGUUGGUGUGAGUGUGGGGAGAGAUACUGAGUCUACAGUAGUCUAGUGAAGUUGGUGUGAGUGUAGGGAGAGUACAGUAGUCUGCCCAUAGUAUAACAAAACAUUUCCUGUCCUUGUUUUGUGAAAAGCCAGGGAUGGGUUUGGAUAAAUGUAACCACUCUCACAUUCAUAGACAGAGCUACGGAUGGAAGGACUGACCAUCCAUGAUGUCAACAUGAUAGUUUUAACCAUGUUCUCAGGAUAUACAGUGGGUGUUUACAUUUCCUAUGUUUUAAAUUAUAGUAAAAUAAGCCUAUGACAGUUCAACUAAACUCAAGAAGCAUUUAGAAGUUAUAUUCUUCAAGAAUCAAUGCGUGUAUAUCAUUAAUUUAUUAGUCCAAUAAUGGAUAUAGCAACUGUAGAAUGUUUUUGUUAUGACUCGACCAGGGAUCAAACCACCAACCUUCCAAACUGAGGGAAGACACAAACCACACCACACUACAUCUGAGAUGAAUUGAUAUAAAAAGACUCUAUGAUUUAAUUUCACUAUGAUGUAAAGGUUAACAGUAUGCUACAGGUUUUAAAUCAAAAUACACACAUCCUAAAAUCUGCAUUUAAAAGUUGAAAGACACAUAGUUGAUUUCACGAAUGACUUACAAACUAGUUGGUUAUGAUGUAGAGAAUUUAAUUUAAUCUUAAUUGUUCUUGUAUUUGAUGUAAUGUAUCAUAUAGUAUAUAGUCCACUUUAAUAUCCUUCCAUUGAUAUGCAAUUCUCCAGUAAAUGUAUUCUGAGUAUUUCAGAAAAUAGCAGCGCUGCUGAACAUCCUGGAGGAAACAGAGUUACAGAGAAUUGAGGAAGAGGAACCAGACCUCAGACAUAGAACCAGAGCAUCAGCUAGACUUCUGACACAGAACCAGACCAGAGCAUCAGAGACCAGAGCAUAAGAGACCAGAACAUCAGAGACCAGAACAUCAGAGACCAGAACAUCAGAGACCAGAACAUCAGAGACCAGAACAUCAGAGACCAGAGCAUCAGAGACCAGAACAUCAGAGACCACAACAUCAGAGACCACAACAUCAGAGACCACAACAUCAGAGACCACAGCAUCAGAAAACAUCUCAGACAAUACAAUCUUCAGCAUCUCAACCAUCUCUGAACCAUGAAGACCCUGACUGCUCUACUCCUCCUGGGACUGCUCUGCUCCCUGCAUAUGACGUCUGCACAGGGUGUCAUCGCGUUGGAAACGUCAACUGACUGCUGUAUGAAAUUCAGCGCGAGGAUCCCUCUUCAACAAGUGGUUUCUCUCAGAACAACCUCCAGUAGCUGCCCUCGCAAAGCACUGAUUUUCACCACAAAGAAAGGGAAGACAUUUUGUGUUGACCCUUCUGAAGCCUGGGUCCAGAGUCAUGUGACCAAGAUUGAGAGCAGACCACAAUGAUGUCAUCAACCACCAUCACCCCCUAACACUCCAACCCCUUGUUGGUGAACUAUAAAGGGAAUAGGUUGCCAUUAGUGACGCAAACCUUGUCAUGCAUGUCAAUACCCUAUCUGAGAUUGGUAUGGAUUAGGUUCAAUGUAAU